AUGCCUUCUCUCUCCUCCUACACCUUCGAUUCCUUCUCCAAAUCCCAGGAACUAUCCUCUGCCAUACAAUCUGCGAACAACCCUUCCCAAAUCGCAUCUGCUUGCGCCUCCAUCGACUCCUUCGUGCACUCUCACUCACCCGACCAAUCUCGUCACUUCUUCUCCCUCGCCUUCCCUACCCUAAUCUCCAAGCUCUUCGGCUUGGACGACCCCGCCUUUGCCAAUGCUUGGAUCCACCACCGCCACUCCGACGACCUCGCUCAAACCCUCUUCUCCCUCCUCUCCCGUCGUCGUUGCCAUCGACCGCCUCUCCCUCGUCAAAUGCGUCUUCCCCACCAAAUGCCUCCCUCACUGGACCCGUUCUUAAGUCCACUUUCAUCAGUUCCUCUGGUAUCUCUUGUUGGUUUUGGACUGUAUGAGUUAGGGUUCCCUGGGAUGCUUCUCCUUGGUUAG